AUGCAGAGGGAGGAAGGAAAAGUUAAAGUUACGUUGAAAACGCGUGUGACGCUGUGUGAUCCAGGUUGCAAACCACCAUCGUCGCCCACUACCCCAGCACACCUUCUGCCUUCUUCAAUCUCACACAAUCCUUUCAUCUGCACGAAUAACAAAAUCAGUAACUUGCAUUUUCAAUUCCAAGCUUCUUUCGAGAUCGUGAAGACUGGAAUGGCUGAUACAAAACCAAAGAAGUCCAUCAUCUCCCUUACGUUGAACUAA